AUGUCUGGAUAUCCAAUGGCUUCGAUCGGCGCUGCUGCAGACCCUCGGGUCACCCCUGAAGGCCUCGACCAGAGUUCCUAUCCAACACGAAUACUAAACAAGCUCCACGACCCAAGUAUCAGCAUCGAGGAGUACAUCUAUCAUGCCAAACAGUCACGAGCGGAGGAAGACAGACUCUUUGGUCCUGGGAGCGACUACGUUGCAACCUCGGGCCCAGUGACCGGCUUCAUCAAGAAGAAUAUCCUUCGUAAGGAUAUCGACGUGCAUACCGCCCAGACACCGAGACUGUCGAUCAGCGCCCAAGGCGAGGCCCAAAUGACGAGGACUGAAGGAAUUGUAGAUGAGAAGUCAUCCGAGAAGGGCGGUAUCGACACACCCCCAACAAAGAAUAAGUUCCAGCCAAUUCCUAUCUCUGAUGAAGAGUGGGUUCAGGCCUCUAGAGCAGCGAGAACCGCGACUUGGGGGGCUGUUUUCUAUCUGAUCACGACAGACAUCCUUGGACCUUUCAACACAGGAUAUGCAUUUUCUCAAAUGGGUCUUGGUCCUGGAGUUGCACUCUUCACUGUCUUCGGUGCUCUUGCCGGAUAUACCGGCUACCAGCUCUGGCGCUUGUUCCUGCAACUUGACAGUGACCGAUUCCCCAUGAAGGGUUACGGAGAUAUUGCUUUCCGCGUCUAUGGAACGUGGUUCCGGCACACAGUCAACGGCCUGCAGUCGUUCCAGUUCUUCCUUAAUGUGGCUUUGAUCGUCUUGACCAGCGGACAGUCAAUCAGUCAGCUUUCAAAAGGAAGUCUGUGCUUUAUUGUAUGUGUCGUUGUUUGCGCCAUUGCUGGUUGUAUUAUCGGCCAGAUUCGAACUCUUCAAAGGCUGGGCUGGCUUGCUUCUUGCGCCGUCUUCCUCAACUUGUUUGUUAUUUUUGCGACGAUGGGUGUCAUGGCGCAUAGCCCUCCUAAUUACAAAAUUGCCCUAGCUCAAGAUCCGAGUUUCGACAUCAACAACCCGCCACCGAUCAAGGUCUCGGCUGGUGCUCCACCGGGUUUGAGUCUUGCAGACAACGUCAAUGGCCUGAUGAACGCCGUUUUCAGCUUCGGCGGGGCCACGUUAUUCGUGGAACUGAUGGCAGAAAUGCGCCGACCAAUGGACUUUUGGAAAGGUCUUCUGGCGGCCGAUCUGUUGAUCUACAUUGCCUACAUGGUGUAUGGAGUCUACUGCUACGCCAUGCAAGGGCAAUACGUCUACAACCAAUCAUACCAGGGCGUUUCUCCUUACUCGUGGCAAACGGUCUCCAACAUCCUCGAAUUGAUCACCGGUAUUAUCGCAGCAGUGCUUUACGGCAACAUCGGCAUCAAAGUCUUGUACAACAACGUCGGACGAGACUUACUUGGAUUCCCCGUUCUCGAAAGCAAGGGGGGCAAAUGGCUCUGGGUUGGCAUUGUGCCUGCCUACUGGCUCCUGGCCUGGGUUGUCACGUCCUCUGUGCCUCAGAUCACCACCUGGAUCGUCCUCGUGGGCGCCGGCUGCAUUCUACAAUUCACCUACACUUUCCCACCAUUCUUGAUGAUGGGCUUCAAGGCCCAGCGGGACGCGAUCUUGCCUGAGGAGACAUUCAACCCGCAGACAGGUGAAGUCCACCGUCUGGAUUCUGGCGCCAAGCGCUGGAUCCGUGGGUUCAAGAAAGAACUCUGGUGGAAUCUGUUUGACCUCAUCUUCUAUCUCGGCUCAUGCGUCACUUGUGUCCUGGGCUUGUAUGCUGCGUUCAAGACGAUGGUCACGUCUUAUGAGACUUCAGAUAAUCUAUCGGCGUGGAGAUGUGCUUCACCUGUCGGUUGA